UUUAUUCUUUCAUUUUAGCUUUUGCGCAAAACUUCAAUCAAAUUAAUAUACAAUCAAAGUAAAUUGGCAAAGACUGAUUUGUUCUUUUUGAGAAAUAAAUACAGUGAAAAUCAAUCAAGCAAACCCCAGCAAAAAAACGCGAACAAAGUACAACAAAAUGUGUCAAUUAAAUUUAAAUUAACCAAAAAGUGAUCAAUCACCAAACAAAUGGAGUCUCGGUUAAUACGUUUGUGUUUCAAUUUUUUGUUUUCCAAAUAUUUUGUUUUAUUUUCGAACCGCUCAACGUGCAACGCGCUAAACCACAAAAAUGUUGCUGACAAUGCGGCGUCAAAAUGAACUGAUUGUAGGUAGCCAGCAACAGCAUUCGUCAACCACUCCACCAUCGUCAGCUGCAGUUGUGGCAUCCACAAGCCCACCUGGAUUACCUGGACAAAAUCUCAGUUUGGUGCCACUGGCAACGGCAACAUCGUCACAGGACUCGCUAAAUACACCCACAACACCGUUGCUGUCUCUCAGUCGGAAUCCCCUGCAAUUCGCACCACCACCUGCACCACCCAUUGCGGUGCCAAGUGCUCCAGCUUCCGGACCCGCUUUCGGCUAUUAUCAGAGUGCUGCACCGCCAACAUCCCUGCAUCAUCCUCAGUCAACCACUGAUGCAACCACAGCUCAGCAGCAGCAACAACAACAACCUUCUGUGGAAUUGGAUGAAUAUGUAGACAUAUUGCAGGUUCAACAAUUGCUUUUGGAUUCUUCGGCAGCAGCAGCAGCGGCAGCAAAUAAUCCCUCAGCAGCUGAACAAUCCAUUCAACAAAAUACGGCGGUGCCACCGCAACAGCAGCAGCAGCAGCAACAGCAAAUUCUUGCCAAGCCGCGACCGCGAAUUAAUCUGCAAAAGGCCACCGAAUAUGCAGCUCAAUUAGCUCAGGCCGAGUCCUCAUCGCCCGGCUCGCGUCGUGUUCUGCUCGAUUACCCGAGUCCCUAUUUGUACGGCAAUCCCUAUCACCACCAUACGCCGCCCAGCGAGGACCUAGUUGCCCUCUGGUUCGGCAGCAAUGGCACAGGCGGCGUAGCCCCUGGAACUCCAUCAGCGGCCAUGAUCAUGGAAGGGCUUGAAACCCUGGUGGCGCCAACGCAUCACGCAUUCCUGCUCACCGAGACGGCCGCGGCCGCUCACUUCAAUGUGCUGAGCUUCGACACCUGUCUGUUCAAGACGAGCACGGCGGCCCAGAGCAGCGGCAGUCCCUCGACGGCCACCUAUCUGAGUCCGGCCCAAUUCGGUGGCCACAACGGUGGCGCCAGCACCAGCAGCAACUCCCUGAACUCCUCCGCCGCCUCCUCAUCGUCCUCGUCCUCGCUGCUGCACUACACCACCGCAUCGGCAGCCGCUGCCGCUGCAGCAGCCGCCGCCGCCGCUGCAUCCGCCAACAAUUCGGUGCUCCGUGCCCGCAACCAGACGGCCACGCCCACCCAGGGCGGCAGUCCGGGACACGUGGCCGUUCAGCCGAGCGCCACCGCCAGCAGCGGACGCAGUUCGGCCUCGCAUCUCAGCCUGCUGAACACCAGUGGCCAGCACAGUCCCACCUCCUCGGCCGUCGAGCAGGUGGAGGCCCACAAACAGCUGAUCGAGGCGCUGCCCGGCGAUCUCAACACGCCGGUGACCACGUCCAGCGAUAUUCCCUCGUUCUUCGGACCCAGCACCGUGGUGGAACCACCACCCAUUACUGGUUCUAUCGAAUCCGAGGAUCUGUCUUUGGAACCACAGGUGAUAUCGGUGGCCAGUCCUGUAUUGUCGCAUUGCAGUCCGUUGAAAGAAGAGCGCAGUACUCCACCAACUUUGGCAAUUGUCAAGGAAGAAUCAAGUAAUAAUAGUUGUAAUAUGUACCCACAACACAACAACAACAACAACACCACAUCAUCAUCAACACCAACGACAACCAAACAGACAACAAGCGAAAGCAUCAACAACAACACUGAGUGCGUUGGCUCACCUGGCAACCACACACAAUCACACCAACAACAACAACAGCUGCAUCACAACAACAACAACACGACCAGCAACAACAGCAAUUGCCACCACAGUCACCAACAACAACAACAGCAGCAGCAACAACAACACAUGAGCUCCCCGCAACAUCAAUACCAACAACACCAAAUAUUACACCAACAACAACAAUUGCCAAAUCAUCACCAUCAUCAUCAUCAUCACCACCACCAUCACAGUCAACUACAACUCCAACAACAACAGCAACAACAGCAGCAACACCAACAACAGCCGCUACACCAACAACAGCAAUUGCAACACCAGCAGCAACAACACCAACAACAACACUAUCAACAGCAUGGCAUUCAACAACAGGCUAGCAAAAUCUCAUAUCGUGGCAUUUUCACCACCACAGGCAACGCGAUGAACGCAGCAGCCGCCGCAGCAGCAGCUGCCCAGCAGCAACAGCAGCAGCAACACCAACAGCAGCAGCAACUUCCCUCCCCGCAACUGGGCGUUCUAGCCGGGCCAAUGUCACCGCCCUCAAAUAGUUUGGGCAACAGUUGGGGUCUUCCCAGUCCCGAUAAGACCAUGUUCCAGCCGCCCCUGUUCAGUCUGCCCGCUCACUAUGCCACCAUGCAGCAGCAACAGCAGCAGCAGCAACAGCAGCAACAACAGCAGCAGCAACAGGCGGCAGGAGCUGCCCCAUCGCCGUACGACGAUGGACGAGCUGCAGCAGCAGCUGCGGCACAGCAUGCUGAACUACUUGGCCUGACCAUGGAAUGUUCACCUCUUUUGCUGAAGCAGCCGCCGCCAACUUACGCCGGAGCCUCGUCGGGAUUCGCGGGCCUGGCCGACCUGCACAGCAGCCACGAGCAACAGUUGCAGCAGCAGUACGUGCGAUCGCAGCCCAAGUACCAGUGGUUGGACUCACCAGCGGAUUAUGCCCAACAGCAGCAGCAAGUGCAAGUGCAACAGCAGCAGGUUCAACAGCAGCAACAACUGGUGCUGCCGGGACCCACUUCUUCGGCCAGUUCCAGCAAUGCAGCCUUGGGAGUUUUAAUACCCAAACAGGAGAGCUAUCCGGAUAUGCAGCCCAGUUCGAAUGGCACUGGAUAUUCAGCGGGAUCCGGGGGAAGUUCUGCGGCAGCCGCUGCCGCCGCCGCAGCAGCAGCAGCAGCUGUGCAAUUGGCGGAAUACAGUCCGUCGACCAGCAAGGGACACGAGAUCCUGUCGCAGGUCUAUCAGCAGAGCAGUGUGCCCUUGAAGCUGGUGCCCGUGAAGCCGCGCAAGUAUCCCAAUCGGCCCAGCAAGACGCCCGUGCACGAGCGACCCUACGCCUGUCCGGUGGAGAACUGCGAUCGCCGGUUCUCCCGCUCCGACGAGCUCACCCGCCACAUACGCAUCCAUACGGGCCAGAAGCCGUUCCAGUGUCGCAUCUGCAUGCGCAGCUUCAGCCGCAGCGACCACCUCACCACCCACAUUCGCACGCACACGGGCGAGAAGCCAUUUAGCUGCGAUAUUUGCGGCAGGAAGUUUGCUCGCUCCGAUGAGAAGAAGCGACAUGCCAAGGUGCAUUUGAAGCAGCGCAUUAAGAAGGAGAAGGUGCGUGGCGAACAGCAGCAGCAGCAACAGCAACAGCAGCAGCAACAACAGCAGCAGCAACUGCAACAGCAGCAACAGCAGGAGCAACAGCAACAUCACCUGAGCCUGCAGCAACAUCAGCAGUACCAGCAACAUCACCUGCUGCACUCCACCGAUUUGGCCAUAGUCACCUCGAGUGCGAGCAUGUAG